GCGAAGGAUGUCUAGUUGGUUUUAGCAUCAACGAGAAGGUACAGAAUUUGGGAUUCCAUGAAAUUCUCAGCUAAAGGGCACUAGAUCUAUAGAUAACAUGUUGGAUUAAUUAAUUAAACAUGUUUAAAAUAUAAACAACAACAUAUCUGUUAAGUUGUCAUGAACUGCUUAUGGCUAAGUUUGCAUUGCUCUUUUCUCUUUUUCAGUACUUUCAUCAGUUACAUGGAAUCAGGAAACCAAACACGUGUUUCAGAAUUCAUCCUUUUGGGACUCUCAGAAGAGGCAGAGCUGCAGCCCCUCCUCUUUGGGCUAUUUCUGUCCAUGUACCUGGUCACCUUCACUGGAAACCUGUUCAUCAUCCUGGCCAUUAUCACAGACUCCCACCUCCACACACCCAUGUACUUCUUCCUUUCUAACCUCUCUUUUGCAGACAUCUGUUUUAUUUCCUCCACUAUCCCAAAGAUGCUGCUGAACAUCCAGAUGCAGAGCGAAGUUAUUACCUAUGAGGGCUGCAUCACGCAGAUGUAUUUUUUCAUGCUCUUUGGAGGAUUAGACAAUUUCCUCUUGACAGUGAUGGCCUAUGACUGGUUUGUGGCCAUCUGUCACCCUCUGCACUACAUGGUCAUCAUGAACCCUAAAUUCUGUGGCCUCUUGCUUCUGACAUCCUGGUUACUGACUAUUCUGUACUCUCUAUUACAUGGUUUAAUGGUUUUACGAUUGUCUUUUUGUACAGAGUUGGAAAUCCCCCACUUUUUCUGUGAACUUAAUCAGGUAGUCCAACUUGCUUGUUCUGACACCUUCCUCAAUGACUUGGUGAUGUAUUUUACAACUGGACUUGAGGGUGUUAUUCCACUCACUGGGAUCCUUUUCUCUUACACUAAGAUCGUGUCCUCCAUUUUGAGAAUUUCAUCAGCUGGGGGCAAGUAUAAAGCCUUUACCACUUGUGGGUCUCACCCCUCGGUUGUCUCCUUGUUCUAUGGUACAGCACUUGGAGUAUAUCUCAGUUCUGCUGCUACACAAAACUCUGGGGGCAGGACAUUAGCUUCAGUGAUGUACACUGUGGCCACACCCAUGCUGAACCCCUUUAUUUAUAGUCUUAGAAACAAAGACAUAAAGCAGGCCCUAAGAAAUCUUUUCAGCUGAGAAACAUUCUCUACAUAACAGAAUCAUUUUUCUCAAGAUUAGGUAGUUGCUGAUGAACAACCGAGCUCCAAAUCAUGAAGACCUAAAUCAUGAUACUUUCGUUACUUCAUAAAUCUGCAUUGUUUCCAGAAUUCAAAGUCUUUGAUUUUAAACAUUACAAACAAUUGUUUCUUCUGUAUUUCUUUUUUUUUAUUGUAUUUGUAUUUUUUUUAAAUUUUUUUUAAUAACUUUUAUUAAGCUUCAAGUGAACGUUUACAAAUCCAAUCAGUCUGUCACAUAUAAGUUUACAUACAUCUCACUCCCUACUCCCACUUACUCUCCCCCUCUUGAGUCAGCCCUUUCAGUCUCUCCUUUCUUGACAAUUUUGCCUGCUUCCCUCUCUCUCUAUCCUCCCAUCCCCCCUCCAGACAAGAGCUGCCAACACAAUCUCAAGUGUCCACCUGAUAUAAUUAGCUCACUCUUCAUCAGCGUCU